AUGUUUAAACUCACACCCUACAGUGAUUUAUAAAAAAGAAAGAAAAUGGUCAUUGGAAUGCAUCUGGUUGAUCCCUCAGAUAGAUACCAUUAUUUUAACUUGGUUGGAGGAAAUAAUUAAUUGAUGUAGAAAACAAGUUCCAUCACAUAAUUAAACAAAUAAGAGCAUCUAACUCAGAGAUAAAUGCUGACACUACCAGUUACGCCAAAUAACAAAUAACCUUCCUUUUUAGAAUAAACCUAAUCAUUGGUCUCAAAAUAAGUUAGCAUAACCCCAAGACUAAAAUUAGUAAAAUAACAAACAAAACCAUUACUGAAGUAAUUAUAAGGACAAUUAAUCGAUAAAAAAAGAAACGAAUCAUUCAAAGGCAAAGCAACAAUCCCAAAUCUAAGUCAAAAAAAGAUAAUUGGUUUGAAAAAACAAAUCCUAUUCGAAUUAGUUUAACCUUCAGAGUUUGAUGAUUUUGUUGAUUAUGUAUGUAAUAAGAAAUUAAUAUGA